AUGGCCAGUCAAGGGAAGAAAGAAGUCAAGGAGACGGCCUAUACCGGUAUAGACGUUGAACGGGCUACUGCCGCCAUACGCCGGGCCGCCAUCAAGGCUCGCCGCAGUGCCCUGGAAGAAGAAGGCGGCGUCCAUAUUUCACGAGACGGCGAAAUGGUCUGGGAGACUGACCCCAAGCGCAUCUUCCCCGAAGGUGUGGAAGUCAAAAUAUGCGAAUGCGGGCGCGUUCUAGUGAAGGACACACUUGAGGACGCGACUGAAUGGACAGGUGAUUAA